AAUAGCUUUUUUAUUUCUCAUAGCAUCAGGCGGACCUUACCUUCUUCAGAGUUGAUAUGGAAUACCUUUUCACCGGAGAUGUUAACGAAGUUCAUGUGACUGAGACCAUAGAUAACAUCUAUAAGUUUAAACUGCCAGGAUCUUCCACAGAAACAAGUUUUGGAAUUGUGGAAUCUUUCGACUUCAAUCUAGAAACUCCAACCGACGCCUUCAGAUUUGCUGGAAAAGUGACUAUUGACGAAUCAUCCACUUUACGGCAUGAUGAAUAUUUGAAAAUGAUAUUAGUACCUGUUAAAACACAAGAAAAAACAUCAAAACAAGGAAAAAAAUUGGAACCGUCGAAAUCAUCAAAAGGAUGGUGUUGUAUUGGUCGAAGUAAAACUGCUCCAUAAUCAACGCUCGAUAGGAAUGGCUCAUACAAAGUGUCCAAUGAUGUGGUGUGAAUUUUGUAGAUUAUGGGGAUUUUGAAGUGAGAUUCACAUGAAAAAGUCGGUGAAAAUUAUAGGAGGCUUCAGUUGUAAUGUUUCUUUUCGACUUCCUUCCGUAAUAUAAGCUGUGUUCAAGUUAUCCCCGUAUAUCCAAUUUUGUAAUAUUAUGCACUAGAGCCGCUUAAAUUUUAACCGUGAUUAAUUUCACGAGAACCAAUCAGAGAAGGUCUUUUUGAUGAGAUGGCUUCUCUGAUUGGUUCUCAUGGAAUUAAUCACAAUUAAAAUUCAACUGGCUUUUGUGCAACCGGCACAAAAUGUCAAAUCCCAGAUGGAAACUAUAAUAAACUUUCAAUUAAACACUUGACAAAAAUUUUCAUUAAUUUGUAGUAUUCAUGAAAUGUGAAUGUAAUGAUGUAAUAUGUAAUUUGAAUACUCCUCAAUUAGUAAUAAGCUAACUAACUAAAGGAGUAACUAAAAUACUGUAUAGAUCAUGCUAUAUAGCUUAAAUGAAAUAAAAAGGAAUAUUAUUAUUAUAUUUACUAUUAUUAUUAUUAUUAUUAUUAUUAUUAUUAUUAUUAUUAUUAUAUUAUUAUUAUUAUUAUUAUUAUAUUAUAUUAUUAUUAUUAUUAUUAUUAUUAUUAUUAUUAUUAUUAUUAUUAUUAUUAUUAUUACUAAUAUUUUAUUUAUCAUCACAUUUUAAUGUGAGUUUUUCUCAUCAAAAUCGGCCUAUGGCAAGACUUUGAUGUUAUUCUGUUGCUAUAUUCAG